UGAAUGCUAAACAGUAAAGUCUUUAGCUGCAGCCUUUUCACUCCACAAAAUCUUCCCUGCAGAUUUCCUCCCCACUCCACCCUCACUUCAAAAAUUCCCAACUUUUUUUUUUUUUUCAAUUUUCAGAUAUAUAGAGAUGUUAUAAUUUCCAAUUUCCUUAUCUUUUUUUCUUUAUUUAUACACAGCUUAUUGGCAGUGAACAGUUAGGAGAAAUUAUGCUGGACUAUGAAUGGGAAACUGGCGGCGAGGAAACCACCCAAGAAACUGACCAAAACGAUCAAUUUUUUGACCCUUUUGUCAACCCUCUUGCCCAUUUUUCACCUAUAAGAAACCACCUCGACCAACAACAACAACAACAAAUACAAAAUCAUCAAUUUCCCCAAUUUCAAACAACUCCAAAUAACAACCAUUUUAGCUCCUUGUACAACCCACACACUUAUGAUGUUCCCUACUCUCAAACACAUCAUACAUCCAUGCUUUCUCUACAACCUACCGGUUCGACCGGGUUCAAUACGGUUUUACCAAAAAGCGAACUCCAGUUUAUGGGUGGUAUUGAUUUCACUAAUACUAGUAGGAUUGGGUUGAAUUUGGGCGGAAGAACUUAUUUUGCAUCGUCGGAAGACGAUUUCGUGAACCGACUUUUCCGACGGACUAGGGCGGUGGAGGCCGGUUCGCCGAAGUGCCAAGCUGACGGCUGCAACGCUGAUCUCACUCAUGCAAAGCACUACCACCGACGACAUAAAGUGUGUGAGUUUCACUCAAAAGCUGCCACCGUUAUUGCCGCCGGUGUGACUCAGCGCUUCUGCCAACAAUGCAGCAGGUUCCAUGAUCUGUCAAAAUUCGAUAAUGGUAAAAGAAGUUGCCGGAAAAGAUUGGCAGAUCACAACCGGAGAAGGAGGAAGAAUCAGCAAGUAAUCAACAAGAAACAGCCUCAACUUGGCAGCGCCCUGAAUUCAUUAUCCGACAAGCUUAAUUCAAAGUCUCCAGCUGAAUCAGGAGCACAUUCAUCAACAGUGACAGUGGCCAUAUCACCACCAAGUAAUUCAAUGGAUUGUUUUAGGCAAAGAGCAUAUCAGCUAGCUGCCAGUGGCGGAGCCACUCGUUGGCAAGGGGAGUCAAUUGACACUCAUUCGUCGGAAAAUUAUACCGCGUAAAUAGGGAUAAUUCUGGCUUUGCCACUACUAGCUGCAGCUGCAACAAUACCAACUUCCUCAACAUCAACAAGCUCACUCUUCUUCUCAAUUGGGUGACCGCAAAUUAAUCUAUUUUCUUUUGAACUUCUCAUAAUUUCAAGCUUGCUUUAAUGGCCACAACAAUCUAGUACUACCAUGCAUCUACAAAAUUACAUACU